AUGGAAGAAAAUAAUCCGAAUCCCGGAGAUGCAGCUCUCCAAUACCUUAUGCAAGUCAUCCCAGACGUUAUGAAGGAUACAAACAAGAAACAGAUUUCCCGCCAUAAAUUUUCAUCUUACGAAGAUGAACUGUUAAAGCAAGCUUACGCUAAACUUGGACCCAACGACUGGAACGCAAUUGCCGAAGAGGUUCCAGGAAGGACAGCAAGACAAUGCAGAGAUCGUUGGAAAAAAUAUCUCUCUGGAGUUGAAAACGGUCCAUGGACUGAGGAAGAAGAUGCGCUCCUUCUUGAGAAAUACAACGAAUUGGGACCUAAAUGGGCUCAAAUUGCACAAUUUUUCAAAUCCAGAACAGAUAAUAACGUUAAAAAUCGAUGGGUUACCCGCGGCACUCGCGAAAAACAUAAAAAUGCUGUCGAAGCUGCACAAAUCCCUGGUUUAUUGAACGAACUUUUCCCAACAGGUCAAGGAUCUUCAACUGAUAUCGCUCCUCAGCUACAAUAA